GACGGCCUCUGGUUGGACAGACAGCAGACAGCCCCCCUUUUGCAUUCCAUUAGUCCUCCCCAUCCACGAGGCUAAUUCAGAGCCGACUGGUCACUGGCCCUGCCCAGCUAAACCACACAGCCUUACUCCCCGUCCCACACCCAAAACGGCCUCACCUCAUCUCACAUCCGCCUCCCUCUUCUCUCUCCGCAAUCCUGCUGUGAGAUUUCGACCGUCCUUGACCAAUUCGGACCCUUCUGUCUCCUCGGGCAAUCGCUUCCGCUUCCGGCCCGACCGGCCUGACGGUUCUUCUAAGUCGACUGCCUUGCCGCCAAUCGUCCGCUGUUGUCGUCGUCCGGUAUGGAGCCCUCAUCGAAACGGAGAAGGUUGGCCCCAAAGAUCCCCGAACCGCCAACCCAACAAUCCGCGCACCCGCCGCCCGCGUCGCCUGCCCAGCCGUUUCCGGUCGAGAACAUUCCGACCCAGCAUUGCCUUACCCCCCAGGACGCAGCCCCCGCCGUGCCGGAGCGCCAUGAUUUCGAGUCCUUCGCCCGCCAUCUGCAAGAUGCCGCCAUGUUCAUCGACCGCCAGAGCCGCAAAUCCCCCUAUACCGCCGUGUCCGUCUUGAUGUUGCGGUGGGAGGAGGACGCGUCGGUCGAAUCGGAGCUUCUCUCCCUCGAGAAAGUCUUCCGCGAGGAAUACCACUACCACACCGAAAAGUGGUGCAUCCCAACUGUACCCAACCCCUAUAUCAAGCUUGGCGCCCGGAUGGUCUCGUUUCUCCAGCACGCCCGGCCCGACCAUCUCUUGAUCAUCUACUACGCCGGCCACGGCCAUGUGGGACCAGACAACCGGCUCUAUUGGGCAUCCAGUUCCCGCGAGGAAGCCGCCAAGCUGAAAUGGGAUGGUGUGCGCUGUCACUUUGAGGAUGCGCAGUCGGACAUUCUACUUCUUCUCGACUCGUGCGCCGUGCCAGACGCCGCGACGGUCGGCAGCCACGGCCUCAAGCAGGCCAUUGCUGCUUACAGCCCGGAACAGGGCUCGAGAGAUUCUGAUUCCCAGUCCUUUACGGCCAGUCUAACCGAGUCCUUGCUGAAGCUGAGCACCGCCAGCAAGCCAUUCAGUGCAGAGCGUCUCUAUGAGGAUAUGUUGGCCCUGAGGCAACAAGAAGCCUCCCAGUCGCGACUGGCAAACGGGACUGGCAAACCCAACCACCCAGCCCAGGACAAGACGCCGGUAUUCUUCAGCCUGACUGCCGGAAAGGGUCAAGGCCUGAGCAUAGCACCCUUGUCUCCGAGAGCUGCCCAAGCCCAAGGCCAAUCCCCUCCCAACUCUACCGAUGCGGACAUUCAGAAUUCAAGACUCAGUAAAGAAGAUCAGCUGAUCAAGCCGGGUACUGUUGUGAGCUUGACAUUCGAUGAGGCCAGGGUUCUCGUCUGUACGACAUUUGUCGGCGAUGCAAGUCCGGACAUGACCUUCUUCAACCAGUGGCUGAACAACACGCCACCUGCAGCAUCGAAUAUCACGGUCGAGGGCAUGUUUCUCGGGCCCCCAACAAUGCUGCUGAUAUCGAUGCCGCAGUCGAUUUGGAAUGUCGUGCAGCACGAUAAAGUAUGUUGCUUCUUGGGCUACAUCAGCUCGCACAACAUGAUUCACCUUUACAAGAGCCUCGUCGGGUCAUCUUCCGUAAACACGGUCACGGCCACUGAGAAGGAGGUCGAAGACGGCCGGAUUCUCCUCGAAGCCCGCGAAGUCGCAGCGAGCAGUCCGGCCGUACCUCGGCGGGAGCCGUCGAGCCACUACCCCGCCGUGCAGCCCGAGACCCCCCUGCGCCAAGAAAAUCAUGCCCGAGAACCACUGCCUGCCGCCCGGGUAUCAGCAGGCUCGGCCGCAUUGCCGCAUGGUCGCCAGAGCUUGCCCGGCAUCGGCGGCGCCAAAAACGACGUCGAAGACUCUGCAGAAGUGCAGGAGGCGGCCGAGCAGCUGAAGGCCUUGAGUCACGUCCGACAUAACCAUGACGGAACCCCUUCGAAGGCCGAUCCCCACGGCACACGAGUUGGUGACAAUAUCGACGUGAGGCCACGCGAGGAACCCCUGGAUUCCUCGCCUGAUGCCCAUGACUCGGGCGCCGACGACUACCACAGCAGCGCUGCUUACAACAUGAUGGCCUCGAAGCCCAAGGCGAGGAGGUCAUUCCUGAAACAGACAACGCCCAGGCAGGAGACGCGGUGCACCCUCUGCAGCCACGCCCCGUUCAAGGACUCGUCUUCUCUCCGGAAGCACAUUGCUGCCGCGCACACGCGACCGUUUCCCUGCGCCUUCUCCUUUGCCGGCUGUGUCAGCACGUUCGGCUCCAAGAACGAGUGGAAAAGACACAUCGCCUCCCAGCAUCUGUGCCUGCAAUAUUACCGAUGUUCGUCGUGUCCGCAAUCUACGGCCGAAGGGAAGGGGAACGAGUUCAACCGGAAAGACCUGUUUACACAGCAUCUACGGCGAAUGCAUGCGCCGUUUGCCAUCAAAAAGGCCCUGGCGAAGGGCGACAGUAAGCUGCAGGUGGAGUGGGAUUCCCACGUCAAGGAGAUGCACCAAUCAUGCCUCGUCACUCGCCGGCAGCCGCCUCAGCGGUCCGCCUGUCCCAAGUCAGACUGCCAGACCGUCUUUGAGGGGCCGGGGUCGUGGGACGAAUGGACAGAACACGUGGGCAGGCAUAUGGAAAAGGGGGAGGCACAGAGGCUGGGAGUCGACCGUUUACUGGCCAAGUGGGCGCUGGACGAAGGGAUCAUCGAGCGGAAAGAGGACGGCGAGUACAGGCUCUGCAGCGGAAUCGGCGUCGGUGGGGAGCGAGAAGGAAACCAUAACAGUUCUUUCAUGUCGGAUGGGGGAAAACGGGAGGACGAUGACCCUCCAUCGAUAACCGUCGCAACCACACUCCCGACGUCGUCGGGAAGUAUGGAUGUAGAUUGACGCGUCCGCUUUUUGUUUUGUUGCGUUUGGAGAAAGCAGCACAGCGUUUUGCGUCAUAUAACAGAAAAUACGAGUUCUCAUGACAAAGCUUCAUUGCCAUUGCUCGCUGCCUUAUGGAUUGCUGCCGAAUGGAAUGCUGCCGAAUGCAAUGAGUCAGCUGGCCCCGUUCGCUGGGCGAUACAGCAUCAAGACGAAAGAGCAGCGUUGACGACUUCGAGUGCUUCUAAUUACGACAUGGAAUUAUGUAUUGGUGGCCCAUUACUCCGCAGCCCUCUAACUGACUUACAUAGUCGAACGACCACUGUUAUUAUGCCUUCCUUUACUCAUGCUGGCAUUCUCAUUAUGAAGACGCCCCUUUUCCUAUAUUUAUCAUUUUCUUCUUGACGCAAUAGUACUUAGGAUCAGGCCACUAAGCGUUUUCCCAUCAUGCCACCCAGCA